ACAGAUUAUCGCCAACCAAUGAAAUGCGGUCUUGGCGUCCGUAUAUUUACCAGCCAUACCAAUGCUCACUGGAACCUGGCUAGUAAAUUUCUUUUGGAAGUAUCAGAGACUCGAGCUGCCAGCUGAAAUCGCAGAGUGGACGCCGCACCCAAAGACAAAGAAAAAGAUUUCACAACGAAAACAGGCGUCGCUAGUAGCAACCAACGAACAACUCAAGCAUUAAGAUGCAGUGGAGUCAGUACAUAGCUUUGAUCGUUGUCGGGUUCGCCGCGCUGCUAACAGGAGUGGCAGUGGCCAGCGCAGAGGACCAAGGCCCUGAUGUUCAGAUGAGCGCUUUGGAAAACCCGUCUAAGAGAUCCAGCGACUUCUUGAUACCUGACUACCUCGUGGACGACAGCGUAGACAAACGUGGCGGACUCUUCCGGUUCGGCAAAAGGGGAUCACUGUUUCGUUUCGGAAAGCGCGGAUCUCUCUUCCGGUUUGGAAAACGAGGCGGAGCUCUCUUCCGGUUUGGGCGAAGUGGUUACGACGGUGCUGCGCCAUACAACCCAUUCGAGCUAGACAGUGACAAGAGGUCGUUCCACUGGGGUCGGGAAACGGAGUAAAAAAACAACUGUUGUUCACAUCACUUCAAAUAACAUUUCUUGGAUUGCGUAUUUUUGACUAGAAAUGUGAUGCAGUUUAUUACAGACACUUUAAAGUUUUCAAAUUCAAAAAUGAUAAUAAUUUAAUAAAGUAAGAACAAAUAAAAGAAAGUAAAAAAAAAAGAUAAAAAACUAAAAUUAUCUGGUCGAUAUAACCUGCUUUUUAUUUCUAGGGUCGGGGGUAUAUUGUUAUGUUUAAAGAGACUUACAUAUCACGCUGAUUGUCUAGAUACUAUUGUGCAAUACGAGACGUUAAUAAACAGUUAUCAUGGUUUUGUAUUUUGGUGUAACUGAGGUAAUAUAAUCUGAAAACAUUUUAUGACCUUCUAGUAGCAGAAGCAGCAUAUUUCUAGAGAUGCGUGCAUCAUUUAAAAAUGGCACUUACUGUAGGGACAGAAAUGCUGACCAAGACAAAUUCGCAUAAUUUUUCGGGGGACUUGGACAUGAGAGCGUGUGCGCACUACCAGCACACCCCACCCUGGAUCCGCGCCUGGCUCCUGUGUAUGUAUAGCUGAGCAGCUGAAGACGAUAAAAUAAUAGUUGAUCUUGUUAAACAGUUUGUGCACGUGGGCAAUAAUUUAAAGGCGCAGACCCUAGUUUCAAUUCGUAAACAUGGACACUAAGUUUAAUUAAUCCACAAAACUUAAACACACUUGGAUAAAAUUACAACCGAAUGAAAGAAGAGUCUGUGACAUUAAAACCGGGAAAUAUCAUUAAAAAAUAGACUAGAACUCGAAUCAAUAACCGCUAUUUCUCAGACGCACGUGCGUUUUUUAAAAAUAUGAAAAAUGCAUUUUGUGGUAUUAGAAACAACAGGAAGACCAGGAACACUUCGGUUCCACGGAAAUUGAUAAUCUAAACAAUAAAAUAUAAGUAAUGUUUGAUUUGAGUGAUCAUAAACGGCACUAAUAGUGAAAAAUAUGCUGUAGUGUUUAAAAACUAGGGUCUGUCCCUUUAAAGAAAUCCAUACAUGUGUUAUGUUUUUGACGUUGUAAGAAUUGAAAUCAAUAAAAUAAUAUCAUUAUU